AUGCUUUUGUUUCAGAUGGUAGCUAAACCACUUAUCACCGAGCUUGUUGCUCUUACAGAGAAGAAGAUGGACAUGACACUAGAUGACAUAAUCAAAAUGUCUAAAAACCCUAAAUUUACAACAAAGCAAACUAGGGUUUCGAACAAGAGCAAAAAAUUUACAAACAGUUUUGCACAAGAUAGAUCUUUUAAGGCGCGCCGGUACAUGGAGUCGAGAUCUUCUCUUAGACAAGGAGUUCUUGCAAAAAGAAGGGUUGUUGCUGCUCCUCUGCACUAUGGAGGUGCUAACCGAAAUAAGAUGGCUAACUGGAAUAAACCAAGGUAA